UUGGUGCUAUUAUUGUGUCUACUCUGUAUUGUAGCAGGCGUGAAGUGCCAAGGCGGGCCUCCACCUAGUGACGGUGGAAAAUUCGACGUCAAUUUCAUGUCGCCUAUUUAUACGUGCGAUGAUGAACAAAGCAAGGAGUAUGUGGACGCGUCGCGAGUUCAACUGGCCCGGUUUGAUGACUUUGCGGUGAUGAAUGGAUUCCUUGAGUUCAAGAAGUCUUUCGAACCUUCUACUUUGUUGGAAGUGGUUUUAGAAAAAGAAGCGAGCGGCCGACUUGAAAUAAUGAUGACCCAUGAACUGCAAGCUUGCAAAGAAAUUAGCGACCCAGGCAGCGACUAUGCAACUUGGAUCGAGUUCUUUGGUCUGCCCAGUGAAUGUCCUUUUGAAGCUGGCUUGUAUCCAAUCCACAACCUAACAGCUGACACGUCUGACAUGCCUAUCAACAGUGCCAACGCGGGCGCGUACCAAGCAACGAUUAACAUGUACAAGUGCGAAGGAGACGAUUGCGAGAAAUCAUUCAUUUGCUGCUUGAAAUUGGAUUUCUGCAUUGAGCCUAUAUGAUAAUUUGCUAUGCAACCAAUGAAUUCCCUAUUUUUCAA